AUGCCCGGCCAAACCCCCACCACUACCAUUGCCUGCGAGCAAACCAAGGAGACCACCGUCUCCCCCGCUGGAACCACAGCCACCACUACCACCACUGUCAUCGAGGAGACCACCACCGCUGCCACCGCCACCGCCACUGAGCCUGCCCAGCCUGCCGCUGCCGCUGAGUCUGCCACUACCGCUGUAGCUGAGGAGAAGAAGAUUGAGGAGACUAAGGUCGAGGAGGGUAACAAGGAGGAGAAGAAAUCAACAAGUGAAAGAUAA